AAACCUCAGGGGAGACGAAGUAAACAAGCUAUUACAACGGGGAGCAUUGCUGGUCGUUGCCGUGUGUCGAAGCAUCGUCAAGGUUGAGGAUUUCGUUCCUUGAAUCCACAACAUUCGAUCCUGUUAGAACACGAGAUUGGGUCUGGAUCUGUUUGUUUCGAAAGUGCAAGAUUUAAUGAGGCCUACUGCAAGCACAUCAUGUCGAUUUCUGCAGUUGCACGCAGCCUGAGUGGCUUGAUAAACAAGACUCGAUGUCGCUCAGCUGUCUGCUUCACUCUCAACAGACAUUUGAACUCAAACAAGAGAUUGCCUGCAGGGAUACAGGGAUGUUCUUUGGCAGGCUCUGUAAAUUCCCGAAGGUCUUCAUGGAAGAGAGAAAUUUUGCUUCAACAGUCUGUAUUUGCCAACAUUCCCAAGAGGACAUUCUGGGGUCUGGAUGUUGCUUUUAACAAAGUGGAUGAAGAACGUGUCCGUUUGGCUGGACCUGAUCGUGCUUGUGCUGAGUGGGUCCUCCGGAACGGAGGGACUAUAAAGUGGACAACAUCGACUAAGUAUUUGAAGAACUACAAUCUGCUCCCAAGCAUUGAUUUCGAAAGCUACAAGAUUGAAGAAAUUGACUUGACAGCCACAAAUGUCAUUGGUCUUGGCUUUGAACAUUUAAAGGAUCUUCAGCAUGUGAGAACAAUAAAGCUUCAUGGAUGCCGCACCAUUCAAGAUGAUGCUCUUGGUCACUUGCAUUUUGUGAAGGACUCUCUGGAAUCGCUUGACAUCAGCCGGUGCCCGAUGAUCACACAAAAAGGUCUUGCACAGCUCCAGGAGCUCAAGAAGCUUAAACAAGUGAUCAUCUACGACUUGAUUGAGAUCAAAGACUUAAAGUCUGUUGUAUCUCAUUUGCAACAAGCCAUGCCCUGGUGUUCUUUUGACACGAGUGAUCCGCAGCAGGACCAGGAUCAACCUGAUGGCUGAUACUGACACAGAAGACAUGUGCACACGCAAUCUGAUUUUGUUGGAUGGUUUCUUUAUGCUGGUUGACGCAGCUGUCGGAACCAGUGGGUGCUUUAAUGUGGAAAACAUUUAAGCAGUGUUAUUAAUCAUUAUACUAAACCUUACAACUGUUAUGAAUCGUCUGCAGCUUCAGACACCCUAUAGAAUAAUUCACCAACACUGGAGGAGCAAAGUGCAAUGUACAUUUUGGGUGCCUUAAUGUUGCACGGGCUGCUCACUGUAAUUUCUUUUAAAAAGUAUUAUGGUAUGUCAGCUGAAAUGACCCGCAUCAUGUGCGUUGUGUUGAAUAUUAGAUGUGUGACCUUGAGAGCUGGCAUAACUGUUGUCCCCAGGUGUCGGUCAAUAUGCAAGAAGCACCUUGAUAUGAAAGGCUUACUCUCUGUGUUUUCUGCCCUUCUCGUGUGUGUGUGUGUUUUUCUAAUAAACAAUAAAGUCUCAAAUUAAAAUUUUGUCCUUGAGAUUCAGAAAAAAAUCACGUUUUAGUUUGAACAUGGGCAAUUUUAUUAUGUUGCUUACUGAUAUAAAUUGAUCAGCACUCGUAUAGACAGGGAAAGAAAGUCCUUUUUUAAAAAUGAAGCUACUAGUCAGAAGAGCAUGAAUCAGUUUCCUAUUCUCGCCCACUCCCUAUCUCUUUUGGAAGAUAGUAGAAAUUUGUGAAUUGAUGGAAAGCCAGUGUUCUUCAAGUAGGAACCCUUUUCACUUUCAGAGAAAUGUUUGUCUUGAAUAUUUGUAUCUAUUCAAUCCUGUGGUGGGGGGAGGGGGUGCCCUUGGAUCUCGUUCUUUAGUUGAUUCUUUUCUGAUUUAAGUUUACUUUACUGAAACACUUUUGGCUUUCGGGGAGAUUUGCACUUUUCUUGCGGAAAGUGUGAUUUGAGACUUGCAAAUCAGCAUGCUGUGAUAUGUUUAUUGUUCACACAUUUUGGUUUUUUUUUUUUUUUGCAUUUGCAUGUAUUAAAAAAAUUAAUUAGAUUGUUUCAGAACUUUACCUGAUGUAGCAAAAUUGUGCAGAUUCUGAAACUGAAUGUGUUGGAAAUUGAAUAAAUAAUAUAGUAACAAAGUUCAA